AUGAUAGGCGAUGGCCAUGAAACGUUUUAUAUUAUACCUGAGACUGGACACGAGGGAAAUGGAAUUCACAGAGUCAGUAGAGCCGAAGAAGACGAGUCCCAAGAUAUCUUCCAUAAGUGUGGAAACAACGACACUCAAGCAGACUCCCAUUCCUUAAACGAAACUUUUGGGCCAAUUGCGAGGAUCCAGGAGAGACGUAAGAUAUCAGGUCAUAUUGAUGAGCUCUACAAGAAAUAUCUGACGACUGAUGAGACGCGAUACACCGAAAUUUUCAUUUGUGUUGACAAUGAAAUGUACCAGAAAUUUAACAGGGAUAAAAAUGUCAUCAAAGAUCGAGUCAUAACAUUAGUAAACACUGUUGAUGCGAUCUAUCAGCGAAUCAACAUCAGGAUAGUUCUGAAGUACUUGGAAAUCUGGACAAACGGAGAUCCUUUCGGGCGAGUGCGAAAUUCAGCGACCGAAUUAAAAAAUUUCAUGGCCUAUCGAAAUAAACAUUUGGUGAAAAGGUUCCCUCAUGACAACGCUCUUUUACUAAGUCACAAAAGUUGGCCCCCGAAUAUUGUUGGUCUAGCAUGGGUCAAUACGAUGUGUGGCGGAUAUUCAAACUCUAUAAACGCCUGGUAUUAUGAAAGUAGUGUUGGUCCUCAUGCAACUGUUGCUCAUGAAUUGGGUCACAACUUUGGGUUCAAUCACGACUCAGGGACCUGCAAGUGCUUAUCUUCACGAGGCUGUUUCAUGGGAGGUAGCAGGUCUAGACUUCCAGGAUUUUCGGAUUGCAGCCUUAAAUCGCUUCAAAAGGUCAAUGACGCAUGCUUGUACAACGUACCAACUUACAAGGCCUACAACAGUUAUUGUGGAAAUGGCAUACGUGAGGAAGGAGAGGAGUGCGACUGCGGUACCCCUGAGAUGUGCCAGGCCAAAGAUCCUUGCUGUGAACCUCACAACUGUGUCCUUAAAAAGGAAUCACAGUGCAGUGACUUACAUCAUACAUGCUGCAAGAACUGUCUGUUUAAGAAACGAGGAACAUUAUGUCGUGGAGUCCAAACUGAUUGUGAUGUUCCAGAAUAUUGCACUGGUUCUUCAAGAGAUUGUCCUGAGGAUACUUAUAUCAUUAAUGGAUAUCCAUGCAGCCAGGCGAAAACCGUUAUACAUGGAAACACUAACCUCAACGGUGUGGUCGCAAGGGACUUGAACCCUAUGGUCAACGCUCGAUAUCUUCGUAUCAAUCCUCAAUACUGGCAUGGCUGGCCUUGUCUAAGAACCGACUUCAUGGGAUGUUCUGCGCAUGAAGCAAAUCCAACUGCCCCUACACCGUUGAAGUCAUACAACCUUGAUUUUUGUCUGACUCCAUCAAGCAAGAGUUGUUCCCCUCGUGACAACGACCCCAUCAUAUUUGUAACCGGUAGCAGGUGUUCAGAGAGACAUUUUCAAUUCAUUUUCAAAGACGGAUUGUUACGCCACGCCUGCAACGGAUUGCUACGCCACGCUUGCAGUGGGAAAUUGGUCUGUCCCGAAAAUGGCGGGACACAUAAUGGUGCAAAGAUUGUUGUCAGCAGGACUUGUAAAGUUGCAGACUCGAAAUUAGUGCGAACUGUAGGGCGAUCUUUAAAGCACGUCAAAUCUGGCAGAUGUAUUCAUACUUCUGGAGCCUGGCCAGGAAACGGAAGACAGAUGGUACUGUGGUCUGGAUGCAAAGAGCAAAGGCUACAACUGUGGUUCGGGAAACAAGAUUGUGUGGAGCCACUUGGAAUGCAGAACGGUGAAAUCAAAGACCGCCAGAUUACAGCUUCCUCAGUGAGAGGUCAGGAACUCGCUUAUUAUGCAAGGCUCAGAGGAAAAAAAUACUGGUGUGCCAAAGCCAAAAGCAAAACCGAAUAUCUACAAGUUGACCUGGGAAAGGUUAAAACUGUCAGUAAAAUCUUGAUGCAAGGACGUGGAAACUGGUACGACUGGGUGACCGGCUUCUUCUUACACUACAGUUCUGAUGGCCAGCGGUGGAAAACGUACUCUGCGAGUGGUGACGAAAAACAGUCCGAUUCCUUCUGUUAUCUUGGAAAGUGCAGCGAAACUCUUGACACUCAGUGUAAGGACUUAUGGGGAGCUACCGCCAAAAACGCUGACCAAGGAUGCUAUGACAAGCUGAAUACUGAGGCUACAGGAUAUGGUACAUGUGAUCCAAACGCCAAAAAGAGAUGUGCUUCAAGAUGUAUUCAUACUUCUGGAGCCUGGCCAGGAAACGGGAGACAGAUGGUACUGUGGUCUGGAUGCGAUGUGCAAAGGCUACAACUGUGGUUCGGGAAACAAGAUUGUGUGGAGCCACUUGGAAUGCAGAACGGUGAAAUCAAAGACCGUCAGAUUACUGCUUCCUCAGUGAGAGGUCAAGAAUUCGCUUAUUAUGCAAGGCUCAGAGGAAAAAACUACUGGUGUGCCGAAGCCAAAAGAAAAACUGAAUAUCUACAAGUUGACCUGGGAAAGGUUAAAACUGUCAGUAAAAUCUUGAUGCAAGGACGUGGAAGCUGGUACUACUGGGUGACCGGCUUCUUCUUACACUACAGUUCUGAUGGCCGGCGGUGGAAAACGUACUCUGCGAGUGGUGACGGAAAACAGUCCGAUGUAAGCUAA